AUGCUGAUCGCUCCCCCUCUCCCGAAAACGAACUUCUCAUUUGGACAUCGUCUCGGCUGUUUCAUCGGUCUUUGGCUGUUCAAGUUGGUUGCCAGUGUAGUCUUCCCACUGAUUGCUUUGUUCAACCCGUUGCCAAUUACAAGUCGACCAACAUUGGUGAAAAAGUACCCCUGCCGACCGCGCCUUGGGUGCCGAAUCUUUUUCCCACCAAACCAUGAAUCUGGAAAGCUUCUCCCUUUGUAUUUCAAUAUCCAUGGCGGGGGAUUUGCCGUGAGCGACGCGCAGAGCGACGAUGGUUUUGCUUCGUCCUGGGCCAAACGGACGGGGAUGUUGGUUGUGAGCUUGAACUAUCGGAAAGCACCGUGGUAUCCGUUUCCCAUCGCGACCACGGACAUUCAUGCUGUCGCGCUCGCUGUUUUGGCCGAUGACAGCUUGCCCAUUGACCGAAAUCGCGUAUCGAUGGGUGGGUUCAGCGCGGGCGGCCAGUUGGUCUUGUCUGCAUCGCAACUCCCAGGUCUGAAAGGUGUUGUCAAGGCCGCGAUUGUGUAUUAUCCCAUUGUUGAUUUCAGUCUAUUGACCAACGAGAAAUUGGAAUCCCGUCCAUAUAUAAAUGGACCAAAGGACAACCUGGAGUUGCCGUCUUGGUGGAUUGAUUGGGGAUUCAUUACCCCGGGGCAGAAUAGACGCAACCCGCUGCUGAGUCCCUACUACGCGAAGAAGGAGGAUCUUCCGCCGUGGGUAUACAUGAUUGGGGCUCAAUGGGAUCUACUCCGGCUAGAAGCCCAAGAAAUGAUCCAUCGGUUGGCGGAAAGCGAAGAGCGCAGUAAUCCGGAACAAGAUUUCGAACGCGGGAAGUACAAAUGGACUCUCGCGACGGGCUGUUUGCACGGUUUCACACAUACCGACCCGCCUUCUCAGUCCACGCAAAAAUCGAAAGCCGAGUGGAUUUAUGAAGAAGCUCAUCUGUGGCUGAAGAAAAGUGUAUUGAGAUGA